AUGACGCAGAAGCCGGAAGACGCCAAGGAGGAUCCGCCUGAGGCCGGUCGAGUGAGGCGCCAAGCUGCUACCGCUGCUACCGCUGCUGCCGCUGCUGACGAUGUCCCUGGGCCCUCCACCGAGACCCCGGCUGCCAAGCGGCCUCGGGGUCGACCACCCAAGGCCGUGUCCGUGGAGCCCAUAGCGCCGAAGCCCACCGCGGCUCGGAAGUCGCGGAAGACAUUCGACUUCGACAUUCGCUCCAUCGACUGGGUGGCUUACAUGGAGCAGUACAUACUCGGCGUGCGUAGGUACGUGUUGAAAGAAGACCCUUCAACCAUUCCAACAGCCCGGAGAAACCUCAACAGCCACAAUGAAAGCGGCACACAGAACAAACCAACCUCCUGGACGGCCUUGUGUAGCACCGCCUCAGAGCCGGCCCAAAGGAUUUACUACAUUGGAAUGCUGGCCCAGCUGCUGUUCGUGGCUGGCGUUAUCCGACUUCUGGUGAAGCACACGAGGACAUUCAACGACCUUUGGUGGAGCCUCGUCUCUAACAUUCUUCAACUCGCAGUGCGCAUCUCACUGGCCGUGCAGUCUAUUGCAUCCCGCCACUGAAAGUUC